GCAUCGCUUGGUCGGUCGGGAAACGCAAUCCGCGAGCGCUUCAGCGAGGUGCGGGACCCGACACCGUCAUCGCAUCGCAUCCCGCUAGCCCGCCUCGCCACACUAUCCGCCGACAGCCGCCAGUCGCCGCUCCGCAAGUCGACGCUCUGCACGGUGCACUCGCAUCCUGCUGCUCGCGAGACGACCACUGUCAUAUCGCGCGCGGACAAUUCCAUCACUUAUUCAUUUUCUAAAUUUAAAAUUUCUAUUCUUUUGUUUUAAGUUUCAAAAUGAGACCAAUUAUUUUUUUUAAGUUUUUAUUACUUUUUAACUUUUUAACUCUAACUUUUUCUAAACACUGCCCGCCAAAAUGCCAGUGCUUCCGCAGCAAGGUCGCGUGUUUACACCAGGACCUUUCGACGGUCCCGAAGCCGGCAUCCGACACCCACAGUCUGGAUCUAAGGUUCAACAAGAUUACGGACAUCGAGCCAGGAGUGCUGUCCCACCUGCAUUCGCUGCGCUCCUUGCUUCUCAACGACAACCGGCUUCGAGAACUGGUCUCCGGCACCUUCCAUGGACUCCGCAAGCUCAAGUACCUGUACCUGUACAGGAACCGCAUCCAGUACAUCGAGCAAGACGUGUUCCAGGGACUCGAGCACUUGGAGCAACUGUACUUGCAUAUUAACGAGAUCCACCAAAUCGACCCGCAAACGUUUUCCAAUUUGCCACGAUUGGAGAGAUUAUACUUACACAACAACCAUAUCAAGAGGAUUCCGCCAGGUUCAUUCUCAGCCAUGCCUAAACUACGCAAGUUACGUUUAGACAGCAAUGCCCUCAUAUGUGACUGCUCGAUGCUGUGGCUCGUGAAGAUGAUGGCCCAACAUAACGACAUGUACAUUGACGCCACUUGUUAUCAACCUGCCCGAGUCACAGGAAUGCCACUUUCUAUAAUGGAAGAACGGGACUUUGAAUGCAAAAUUCCCGAAAUCCAGAAGGAUCCUGAAGACAUUACCGUGAACUUCGGAGAAGCAGCUAUGUUCACUUGUGUCGUUACUGGCGACCCGACACCCGAUAUAAUCUGGCUACGAGACUCAAACGAAAUUCCUAUCGACGGAACCCGGUACGAGGUUAUGGAAAACGGAACUUUAAUGCUUCACGACAUCACAGAUGUUGACACCGGAUAUUUUGAAUGCAUGGCCAAAAAUCCAGUCGGUGAAGUGCACUCUAAACCUGCUAAAAUGACUGUCCAACACAAAAGAGACAGCGCAAAUCUGCAAAAAGCCGCUCCUGUAUUCACCGUACGGCCUCAGAAACAGUUCGCUAAGCUUGACCAGUCUAUAAACUUUGACUGUGCUGCUAAUGGUCACCCGAAACCUCACGUUGCUUGGUUUUUUAAUGGCGAGAGAAUUUUGUUGAAUGAACGUAUUUCAAUACGACCAAAUGGAUCUAUUUUCAUUGACGACAUCCAAGAGUCGGAUGCAGGCUUGUACACGUGUCUGGCUGAAAACAUCAAUGGAAAAGUGAACACAUCUGCAACCCUUGAAGUAAUGGUUCCGCCCACAUUUAUCCUGGAGCCACAUAACAAAACGGUAAGAAUUGGAGACGACGUCGAAUUUAUAUGUACUGCUAAAGGAGUGCCAAAACCGCUUAUCAAUUGGUUUAGAAACACAUUAGUUUUACCUUUAACUGAAAAUAUUAUUUUGAGCAAUGAAAACCAAAACUUGACUAUUCUGUCAGUGACUGCUGAUGAUGAAGGUAUAUACCACUGCAGAGCAGAAAAUGCUGAAGGCUAUGUUGAAGGUUCAGCUUUCUUAACUGUUGAAAACUAUGAGAUUAUUCGACCACGUAUUGUUUUAAAACCAGAGGACACCGAUGCUUACAGAGAAUCAUCAGUUCAGUUGCCAUGUGAAAUUGAAAGUGAGCCUCCUGCCACUGUAGAGUGGAGAAAAGAUGGUUCGUACUUAGAUGACAGCCGAAAACAUUCGAUAACAAUAAUUGGAAGUUUAAUCUUGCAUAAUUUGACAUUAAGAGAUACAGGCAGGUAUGAAUGUUCAGUUUUCAACGAAUACGGUCGGGAUACUGCAUCUGCUUUUCUAACCGUUAAAGACCGUGUUAUACCCGGCGACGAAUACGUCAACAUAGCACUGACCGAAGCGACAAGAGACGUAGACCUUGCUAUAGAGCGAACUAUGGAUGAGUUAUUUAACAACAACAACACUUCCAAGACAGAUAUUAGCCGAUUGUAUCGAAUUACGAGUUUCCCGAAUGCGCCAGCUAGAGAAGUCGCUCGUGCUGCUGAAAUAUAUGAAAGAACUUUAGAUAAAGUUAGGGACUUCAUUCAAUCUGGGCAUAAAGUAACCUCAGCUGAACCAUUCUUGUACCAAAACGUACUAUCUAAUCAACACCUCGAAGUAAUUGCACGUCUAUCUGGUUGUGUCGCUCAUAGAGACAAGAACGAGUGUUCUGAUAUGUGUUACCAUAGCAAAUACCGCAGUUACGAUGGCAGCUGUAAUAAUUUUGCUCACCCUACUUGGGGGUCAUCACUGAGUGGAUUUAGAAGAAUUCUUUUUCCGAUAUAUGAAAACGGAUUCAGUCAACCUGUAGGAUGGAACAAAGAUAUUAAAUAUAAUGGUUUUUCACUACCAAGCGCCCGUUUAGUAUCUACUUCAAUUAUAACAACUGACGACAUUUCUGAAGACCAAAAGUUGACCCACAUGGUCAUGCAAUGGGGCCAGUGGUUAGAUCAUGACUUGGAUCAUGCUUUACCAUCAGUGAGUUCACAGACAUGGGACGGCGUAGAUUGCAAAAAGACCUGUGCUUAUGCAGCGCCUUGUUUUCCAAUAGACGUUCCUCCAAAUGACCCUCGGAUUACCAAUCGUCGUUGUAUCGAUUUUAUCAGAACGAGUGCCGUAUGUGGAUCUGGUAUGACAUCUGUACUAUUUGGAACCCUACAACCGCGAGAACAAAUCAAUCAACUGACUUCCUUUAUAGAUGCCUCACAAGUGUACGGUUUCGAAAAAUCCGUAGCAGAAGACUUGCGAGACUUGACGAAUGAAAAUGGUUUAUUGCGUGUGGGUGUGACUUUCCCUGGCAGAAAGCCCUUGCUUCCUACCGUGGGAAUUAAUGGAAUGGACUGUAGACGGAAUUUGGAUGAAAGUAAUCGUAAUUGUUUUGUUGCUGGUGACAUCAGAGCGAACGAACAAAUUGGUUUAGCAGCAAUGCAUACUAUUUGGAUGCGUGAGCAUAACCGAAUUGCCAUACAGCUGAAAGUUUUGAAUCCAUUUUGGGACGGUGAUCGAGUAUAUCAUGAAGCAAGAAAAAUUGUAGGUGCACAAAUACAGAUCAUUACUUACGAGCAUUGGCUCCCGAUUAUUUUGGGUGCAGAAGGAAUAAAACAACUAGGCCAAUAUAAAGAGUAUGAUCCCAACCUGAAUCCGUCGGUUUCUAAUGUUUUCGCAACUGCUGCUUUACGAUUUGGACAUUCUAUGAUAAAUCCAUUACUACACCGUUACGAUGAAAACUUUGAACCAAUUGCGGAAGGCCAUCUUUUACUUCGACACGCAUUUUUCUCACCGUGGAGACUUGUCGACGAAGGUGGCGUAGAUCCUCUACUGCGAGGCAUGUUCACAACACCAGCGAAGCUAAAAACUCCAACGCAAAAUUUAAACUCUGAAUUAACUGAAAAGCUUUUCUAUAGUGCCCACGCUGUAGCUCUUGAUUUAGCAGCUAUCAAUAUCCAGCGAAGCCGUGAUCAUGGUAUUCCUCCGUACACUAAAUGGCGUCAGUUUUGCAAUAUGUCAGAAGUAAAUGACUUUGAUGACUUGGCUGGCGAAAUUACUGAUGAAACGGUACGUAAUAAAUUGAAGGAGCUUUAUGGUUCAGUGCAUAAUAUUGACGUAUGGGUUGGAGGUAUCCUUGAAAAUCAAGUGGAGGGUGGUAAAGUAGGGCCAUUAUUCAGAUGCUUGCUUGUGGAACAGUUCCAACGCCUUCGAGAUGGAGAUAGGUUCUGGUAUGAAAAUCCAUCAGUAUUCAAACCAGACCAACUACGACAGUUAAAAGAGACGAGCCUGGCACGAAUUCUUUGUGACAACGGUGACAAUAUCGAUACCAUUGGCGAAAACGUAUUUCUUCUUCCUGAGGUUCAAGACGGAUUGGUUUCCUGCGAGGACUUGCCAUCAAUGGACUUACGGUACUGGGCUGACUGUGAAACUUGUGGCGAGAACGGAGGGCUGGAAAGAGCGAAACGCCGAGCUCGCAGGGACACCGAAACAGAUGAUGACAUUUUAAUUGAUGAAGCACGCAUCAACGGCCUUGAAGAUUCGCAGCAUGAAAUGGAGAACACUAUUGCAUCGUUGAAAAAACGAAUUGAAUACUUAGAAGAGACCUGCAAAGCGGACUAAACAAUACCUGCAAACAAGCUGUUAUUUUGGAAAUGUUUUAAAAUUUUUAGAAGCCUAUUCUAAAUACACCUAUAAUGUUUCUACUAUCUUUUUACACAAAAGCUUUAAACCUAUCAUACGUGGUCCAACUAAUUAAGAUUAAUUUAACUUUCUAUUUCCCUAUUAAUUUAAUUUCCUUCUUUUUUAAAUUUACUUAUCAUGGUACCUUUGCUAUUAAUUAUGAUUAAUUUUGCGAUAUCCGUUGUUUAUUUUAUUAAGUAAUUUUGAUGAAAUCACGAAGAACUAAACAUUGUAAGCCUGUACCUAGGUAUCUGUUUUUAGAAAAAAAAGUACUUAAUUAUAAUCAAUAACAACCAAAAUGAGGACAAAAGUAUUAGAAGUAAGGAACUGUUUAUUCGUUACAUGUAUUGUAAAUGUUAUUUUUAUGAUAUAUUUUUUAAUAAUUUUCUAUUUUUAUAUGUUAUUAUUAUUCCGUUUUUGGUUAACUGUGAUGGGCAGCAAAUUACGUCUUUUUGUUAAUAUUUGUUUAGUUUGGAGACGACAAAAUUUCACUGUUAAUUACGAGUUCUCUUUUAUAAUUUGAUAUUUUCGCAGCCCAGGAUUUAUAAAAUAUUAGUUAUUACACAUGUGUUAUUAGAAAUAUUAUAUUCCUAUUUGUAAGGGCGCGCAAUCGUCAAAUAGUUUUACAAAUAUCCUUAAAUCUCCGGAAACCCAAUCUACAAAAGAUCGGCAACACAC